AGGUCGUCGACGUCAAACUCAUGCUGCCUGAUAAACUAAAACAACUGCUAAAUUAGCCAAACGUUACCACUUCGAAACCAGCUCAAACGCUAUUAAAAUCGUGUUGUUUGCUCUGUAUAGUUGCUCUAGUUUGUUUCAAAUUAAAAAUGUCUGGGAAGGCGAAGGAAAUCUUACAAAUGGACCUGUAUGGGUUACUCGGCAUUGAGAGCUCAGCUACAACGAAAGAGAUCAAAAAAGCCUACAGACAGAAGGCACUGACCUGUCAUCCAGACAAGAACCCAGACAACCCCAAAGCAGCGGAGCUCUUCCAUCAGUUGUCCCAGGCUCUUGAAGUUCUCACUGACGCUGCAGCGAAGGCUGCCUACGACAAGAUUUGUGCUGCCAAGAAACAAGCUGAAGAGCGAAACAAGAAAUUAGAUGAUAAAAGGAAGAAAAUUAAACUUGACUUGGAGGCCAGAGAACGGCGAGCAGAGGCUCAGAGCCAGGAGGAAGUGCAAAUCACAAGAACACUUGAAGAAGAGAUCGCCCGCUUGAGGGAGGAGGGAUCCAGACAACUUGAAGAAGAGCAGAGGCUCAUCAGGGAGCAGAUCCAGAGAGAAAGAGAAGCACAGUCAGGAAGCUACAUUCAGAGAGGAGGGGAGAUAUAUUCCCAGAGCAACGUAACCCCAAAACUGAAGUUAAAAUGGAAAUGCAAGAAAGAUGAUGAGCUGAAUGGAGGUUAUUCUCAAGACAUUCUGCUUAAGCUACUUCAUAAGUAUGGGGAUGUUUUAAAUGUGAUCAUAUCGAGUAAGAAGAAAGGAAGUGCUGUUGUGGAGUUUUCGUCUGUGAGAGCAGCUGAACUGGCUGUUAAAAAUGAAAGUGGGCUGAGUGGUAACCCCUUGAAGAUUACAUGGCUGGAAGGACAACCUGAGUUUGUUGCUGCAGCAUCUCAAACCGGCCAUUUCGUGUCUUCACAGAGUUCCCUUUCAAAUGAGCGCGACUAUGAGACGGUAGUGAUGAUGAGGAUGAGGCAGGCCGCCGAACGUCAGAGGCUCAUCGAGCAGAUGCAGAGAGAAGAUGAUGAGGAGGCUGCAAAGUCGUAGCUUUAGUUUCAUAAAGCCUCUUGUGUUUUUCUUUUAUUGUUUUAUUGUAAUAGUGUGGAAAAUAAACCCUUUUGAUAAAAUAAAGCAGUAUUUUCAUUUGUCUUGUUUUCGCCUGUGUAAUGAUAUCGUAUGACUAGGUGCAUUGUAGAGAAGUUAGACCUGCUGUAUGUAGUGACACUCUGCACAGCUACCAACACAAAGCUUAUCGGAAAGGAACUUUGUAAUUGUUAGUUUGAAAUUAUAAAACUUCUAUUAAUUCAGUUUUCCGUCUUGCUUUAAAACUGAGAUUAGCCAGUAAUCAUACUUUAUUUUUAAUAUGUUUUAUGCAUGAUCUGUCGGUGGUCUUUGACCUGUGGAUUAAUUUUAUCAUCAUAUAGGUGAAUCUCAAGUAAAAUGUAAUUAAAAAGUUUAUUUCAAGAAUUCAAAAAGGGAAACUCAUAUGAGGGUGAUUCAUUAAAAACAAUGAUACAUUUCAAGCAUCAAUGAGAUGGUGCUUGAAAUCAAUGUUGGUGAUUAUAACUGACUGUUAACCCCUAAAGGAAACAAAAAUAAAUUGUUUCUCAUAAGCUUGGAACAUUACAUUAUUGUUCAUUUCUAUAUUAAGAAGGGAUAUUUAAUCCAGAAAUGUUGGGUGAAUUACUGCAUCAUUACUGUAAGGACACAACAACUCUGUGGCAAUGUUCUGCUGGCAGCUUGAGCACCACUUUUUCCUUCCACUCAAUUUUCCAGUAAUAUGCUUGUAAACAAAACUGUGAUCACCUAGCUUCUUUAGUUAUUACAUUCCAUUGGUCUUCCUUUCCUGGUGGAGAGAUUCUAUGACUUUCCACUGGACAAAUGUCAAGUCGGCAUCUUUUCCCAU